GACGCUCGCAACUGGAGGCACACCAUGUCCCGAGGCUUGUCAAACGUCGCUGACUCUUGACAUAGUUGAACUUUUAGUGACACCCUAAAAGUUCAUAUUAUGCCUGCUCUUGUUGGAAUGAAAAUUGUUAAUGCAAACAAUAGGUCCAUAAUUCUGAAGGUCUGGGAAUUGUAAUCUCAUUAAAAAUUAAACCAUGACACCAACCACAAUUAAGGAGUACAUCAAAUCUCUCACCACAUCAUACUUAGCAUAAUCCACAAGGUACCCCGCCUAAAACUUGUAGAAACAAAAAUCACAAAAAAUAUGGUAAGUACCCCUCUGAUAAAGAAGACCUCCAUCAAAAUAGGAAUCCCCUCCGUCAAAAUAGGAAUCCCCUCUAAUCAAAGUUUGCUGAAAGCAAAAAGUAAGAGCAUGGCAUGAAGUUGUAGUUUAGAAGAAACAAGUUUACAACUUUUCAACGAUGCUGGUCAGUGGUCACCCAAUAAACCCUCUUGACAAGGCUGGCAAGAACAAAUCCAUGACCCCUUGCGCACCAAUGUCUGCCCCAAGUGUUCUUCACUAGGGGGACCUUCACGCCAUUUUUCUUCAAGUACCCAUGUCCAACUAUGACCAUGGCAUGUGAACUCCAACAUCUUCCGCGUCAUAUGGUCCUUCAUAAAUGCACCCCUGCCCACAAAUACAGAUAACAGAUAACAGAAGGGGAAAAAAAGGGUACAUUAAACGAAGAAUCAACUAAUGGCGGGAUGAGAAUCAAGCGUUUUACCUUCUUCAAUUCCUGAAGAGCUUGUGACGAUGUCACGACUCCAAUGAUAGGAUGAGAAUCAACUAAGUUCACCAACAUAUCGACAUUCAAAUUUUUUUGACGAACCUGGUACCGAUCAAUGGUAUACUUGGUCCCUUGAGGAGGCUGCAAGUUCAAUGACUAGGGAACAUUAACAAAUGAUUUCCAUGUGGAACCAUAAUAGCCUUAAACUAACUUGCAAAUUGUCUACAUAAUCAAAAAAAGUUCCACUUUCACAUUUUAUUAAUCUCGCAUCCAAAUAACUAGUCCCGAAAUAAUCAACUUAUCCAUUUAUGAUAAAGCCUGUAUUUUCAUUUACCAAGGCCUACUCACAAGUCUGACACCGAUUAUAGAGGAAAAUUGUAAGAGGAUAGCCCAAUUUAUGAAGUGUUUAUUUUAAAUAUCCUAUUCAAAUUCUAUGACUACCAUUAGUGAUACAACUCAUUUUCCAAAAUAAGAAACUCAUGUAAUAUUCCCUUAUUUUGCUAAAAGUACUAUAGGUAGCAUGGGCAUUCCUAGAGAUUACCCCUAAGUUUUAAGUGUAAUAAAACCAACAUACUCUCUAUAACCCCAUUCUAAUUAUAACCAACAGAUGGUCCAGUUAUACACUAAUGAAAAUAACUUAAAAGCUAAGAUCAAAUUCAUGCCACUACUGAACUACUUUCAUAAGCUCCAGACACAUGCAUCAAUGGAUGUAGAGUACUUACCACUGUUGGAGCCGCACAGUCUUUGUCCCGAAGCUCAUUUGGAUAGUCCUUUUCCAAGUACAAUCCAUUGCUUCAUAUAUGCUUCAGGGCGCUUUGACAAUUCCCAACAGGAAUAUUCCUCAUAACGCUCCGUUUUCCCUUCAGUGCAGGAAUCGAAUCAAGAAGAUGUUGCAUUGAUAGCUCAAUGUUUUCUCCUCGAUCCAUGGCAUGGAUAGUCUCACAUAGACUCACUCGAAUAGGCGUAGCCUCGAAUAGGCGUAGCAUGUGGCUUUUCAGAGGAAAAAAAAAACAUAUUAGUUCUAACUGAUAGUGGGAAAUUAGAGAGCAAAUCAUCACACAAACACACCAAAUAACAUGUAUUAAUAUCACAAAAAUACAUAAUUACGCAACUCACGUUUCUCUCUCUCUUUCACACUCACAGAUGUACUGGUGGGGGGCCCCUAAGGGGAAUCCAACACUAACUACAAUAUAAAAAGUUAAUAAAAACUAAACUCAGGAUACUUACGACCAAACUGUGUUUUAAUUUUGUUGAAGAUAUCCUGCCUUUCUUCUGUCCAAUUCUUUACCUACAAUGUCAAGGAAAAUACGAAACACGAAUAAAUAAUACAAUUCUUAAACAAAUCUAGAUUUCUCUAUAAACAACAGAGUUUUACUAAACCCAAAACCAAUCUAGAUUUCUCUAUAAACACACGUUACACGCCCAUUUGACCACAUACUCACACCCCCGCACAACACACACACGAACCCAUAAUGAGUUUUUCAAUCCUUUAACUUUUGAAUCUUUAAUCUCCUUAUGCCGUCCAAGCUCCUUUUGAGAUCUUUAAUUGAGUAGCCACUAACCUUGUAUUUCCCUUUCACCCACGCAACCAUCCUUGUUUUUGCAAGAUCAAUAACUUCCUCCAAAUUGAACGUUAUUUUCGUUUAAAAACAAUCUCAUUUCACCAAAACCAAAUUUACCGUACCACGACAAGAAACAAGCCAUCCAGCACAUUUUUUCCAGAUUUUUAUACUUAGUAGCAUUCAGAUCUGCAUUUGUUUCAAUAAAAUUUGAGGGACUAACCCAAUGAGUUUUCCACCAAAGCAUUUUUGCAGACCAACUUCUCCAAGAAACAGGGCAUAACCACAAGAGAUGGUCUGGUGUUUCUAUUGCAUAAAGGACAGAUUUCUCCAUCCACAGGAAGGAUUCCCCUUCUGACCAAUAGUUGACUUUUUAACCUAGCAUUGCGUUAUUUGAUUACUCUAUUUGUGCAAAUAAUAGGUUCACUUAAAAAAGAUACACAGACAACCUCAAGGCUUAGAUAGCUGAGACCAUUUUCCCAAAAUGUGGCCGUUGAGGGCAAAUAUGUCAUGUUACUAACUGACUGAUUUGACAAAAGACGGAGACCAUCUAUUAUUGUGCUUGGAAUGGAGGGAUAUUUGUAACUACAGAGACAAAGGUGUAAAGGCAAGUAUGCCGUUAAUGCUGUUGGCAAAAUGGGGGAAUCUUUAAUUAACCCUCGGACGUGGGGAUCUGAUUUUUGUAUUAGAAAAACCUCAAGGGUGGCUUUUUUUAUCUACCCAAUUCUAAAUCAUAGACGUAGGCUGUAUUUACCAGAAUAAUCUCAUUUUCUCCAUUGUCUGAUUGUGCAAAUGUAAACGGGUCCUGCAAGUACAAAAACAAAAAGUUACCUAAUUAAGAACAAAAACAGUCCAAUCAAUUGGCUACACGAUAAGGACAAAAACAGAAGACAAAAAGAAACAAAUGCAUAUUUUUUUUAUGCAUAAUCAUAGAUAUAUGGAUACAAGAUUCUACAGAGGCUCAGUAGCUAGACAAAUAAGGAGUGUGAGAUACGUACUUUCAAGAACGCUUUUCCCUUAGUUCGCUCUUCAUAGUUUAUGAAGGUUAAACAUGCCUCCUCGACCCUCGAAGAGAAGUUAUCCACUAUCUCACGAACCUGUGUAAACAUACGUCAAAUAAGAUUGGUGAAAAGCCCUUAUAGCGAAUCCCAAUUUUUUUUAGCAAUCUUCCCUCAUAAUCCUUAAGAACUUCCCCCUACACCUUCAUUGCUGCCAAAAGUCUUCAACCUCUUUUUGUCCUAAAUAUUUUAACACAAAGACUAAGGGACAGAGCCACCUUUGGGGAUUUAACUUAUGUAAUUUUUAAGAAGACUGAUUUUAGCACUCCUCCUAAUAGAGGUACACAAAGUAGUUUGAACAGUGCGAAACACAUUGUCGAUGCAUGCUUAUCUCCUACCAUUUCGCUUCGGCCUGGGGAGUGAUUUUAAUCUAAAUAGGAUUAUAGGACUAGUUUUAAUUUCAUUUCAUUCUUAUAUUUCAAAAUAAAUGUAACGAAAACUUAAAGAGUCAUGUAAUCAUUUCAACACAUGGAAUUUUAGGUUCUUAAUUUUGGCCUCUCUCAGUGUAAAUCGGGGCUCUGUCCCUCCAAAGACUAUAUUGCAAUCCCCUUUAGAGUUAAUAUUCGGAGUUUAUCACAAAGCCAGAACAAACCUCUAUGCUCUUCACCUCACACAAAUGAGCCCACUUUUUGAGAUCGUAUCUUAACUCCUUAAGUUUCAAGCCCAACUUCGUCACGAUGUCAUCCAACACUCUUUGUUUGUCUUUGUCCGCCACAUCUUCAGUCUCAAUCUCAUCAAACUGGUUAAGAAAUAAUAACACAACUUAAUCUAUUAGAAUGGUGAAUCAAUUAGAGACAGGAACGAAUAACAUGUUAGAAAAUAUGUUUACCUUUUGUGAUGAAGUCAAUGAUAUGAGUGCAAUAAAAUAAGAACUCAAAACUUGGAGUUCAAUGGUGCUAAAUCCAUAUGAAACCAGGUGUUGUAUGGUGUUAAGUCUGUUGUAAUUAUCUCGAGACUUACAUACUCCUCUGUACCCUUCCAAUUUUCAAAUCAAUAUCAUAAUCAAUACAAAUUUUGUGGCAGAGAUUUAAAAUACAUUUGUGAGUAAUUAACGGAAAGCACCUCCUCCUCACAAUUAUGUGAUAAUUCAGAUAACAUUCACACAAUCACCAUUGUUCAACACGAUUUUCAAGUCCAGACAAGCAUCAAUGUCGCAACUAUUCACUCAUACUUGUAUUUACUCAAAAUAUAUACUAAUCAUCUCUUUGAUGUUAAGAGAUUCACCCCCACAUUGAGUAACUAUUUACUCAUUUCGUAGUUUUAUGCUUAGUUUACUACAAACGCCAAUCUAUCCUUUCGAACUUAAGGAUUUCCACUAUAGCAUAUUAACCGAUUCUACUUUGUUUAAAAAAUAUCUUGUGGAGCGUAGUUGUUGAUAACUACCAACCAUUCAAGAUGGUAGAAACUAAAAUAUCCCACUUUCACUUUCAUGCCAAAUCAAACAUAGCGACCUAAUUUUCUAGGUCCAUCGAACAGAAUUUCGAAUAAUCUAGAACAUGAAUUUAUAUGUGUAAUGAUUCCAAUCAAUUUGGCCAAGUGACUUGUUGAAAAAUCAUAGGAUACGUGACUUACUCACCAAUAGUCAUGUCUCUAGGGUUAAUCACAACCGUCACACCUUGGUUUGAACCUACCGAUCUGAUGUAAACUCAAUGGUCACACCUUUUGGUUCAACCCGAAGGGUCACAUCUCAUAAAGAAACGGUGCCUAACAAUCCAGCGAAGCAACUACACAAGGAGCAGUUGGAAUGACUCCAGACUCGCUCUAGCCAAAUGUAUCCAACUACAUUUAUGAAGACUUGCAAAAGAAUUCCUAUCUUACCCUCAAAAGCAAAACUUAAUAGUUAUGAAAACAUGUUCGUACAUUUAAAAGAUGUAGUAUAGAUUAAACACAAUUACAAGAUUUCUAAAUACUACUGAACAACUUUUUCUUUUUAAUCAUGUGAAAAAAAAUAAAGAGAUUGAUAAUUCAAUUAAAAAAAUACAAUAUCAAGACAUUUAACAUUGGAGUUGCUUUUUGAAUUUUCUCAUAUUUUUUGUGAUAUAUAUAAUAAAAACUCUAAAAUUUUUUAACAUAUUUUGAUUAUUCAAUAUAAGAUGAGAUAAGAAAUAUAUAUUACAUAUGGUGUAUUUUGAAUUUAUUUGCAAAAAAAAAAGUAAAAAUAAAAUUGUAGAAAUAUUCCCUUUAGUUUGCAUAAAAUCUCAAUUUAGUCCCUGCACGAGGAGAAAUGACAAUUUUGUCCUCUAAUUCCUUUUUUGCAUUAACACCAUAAGCGAGAGGGACGAAAUUGAGACAAAAUGCAAAUUAUAGGGCUAAAAUUAACACAAUUGAUACUAAAGGGAUGAAAAUGAAAAUUCAUGCAAACUAGAGGGACCAUUUGUAUAGUUUAUCCUAAAAUUAAUCAAAGUUGGUGUUGAGGAAAGAGGAGAAAAAAGAUGGCCUGUUAAGGAGUAUGUCUGUAAGCAUAUGGACAGGCUUCGAUUUUCGUAAGCAAUCAUUGCCUCCCCAAGUUUUCUAAAAUAGAGUAAAUUAGAAUUAACGGAUGUGGAAAAAAAAGUAACCAUAACGAGUAAUGCCUAUUUGCACCUCCACAUCAGCGGCUCACAUAAGUAGAGCAAUCAUUCUACCUCCACACCCACUUACACACCCAAUUACACCAUCACGAUUGGGGUGGAGCCCGCACAUAUUAUAUAUCCAGUAUGUAUGGGAUCCAACCUAUUAUGAGUGGGGGUGUGUGAGUGGGUGUGAAGUUAGAAUUUUCCUAAGCAUAGAUCACCCCUAUCAGCAUAUUAUUCCUCUACCUAAUUAACGGGAAGGGUGACAGUGAAAAAUGCUUCAUACUACAAGGGAGAAAUUGACAUGAAAAAUAAUACAAGGACCAUUUUGAAACCUUCUAUAUUGUUCAAGGACCCCAAAAAAAAGGUAGAUAAGCCAUCUAUCUAUCCAUCCAUCUAUAAAUACGCAUGCACGGAUUGUUUGUGCCCUAAUUCUAUCAACAUUGAAAGCGAUCGAGAGAGAGAGAGAGAGAGAGAGAGAGACAGAGAGAGAGGAAAGUCCUGAAGAUCGCGUGUUUUGUCUGGAGGGUUUAAGGCAAAAGGAGAUAUGGCUGCGGAAUUAGCAAGGGGUUAUGGGGAAACAUCGCGUUUGCCAUGUUUGAUCGCUGAAAUGGGGGAAAUUCUAGAUGAAGCAUGUGCAAAAUAUGGAUAUUCUUUUUCAUCUGACUCCGAAUCUGAUUUUGAAUCUUCGCUGCCUUGGGCUAGCAUAAAGGAUUGCAACUUGCCUGGUGCCGAAAUCUUGAAAAGUCUAGUGUUUUCAACUCUCGCUCUUGGACCUUAUGAUAAGUACAUUGGAUGGGACCAAAAGAAAUCCGAUGCUGGAGAAGAUGAUGAUGAAGAUUCCGAUGAGGGAUGUUUUGUUGCUAAUGGCUAUCGCAAAAUGACAAAAGAAGAGCACAAGGAUUACAACAAUCAAAUAAACGAGAACAUGGGCUUUGACGUUGUGGUUCCCACUGAUGUAGCUGGGUGUGGUAUACUUAAGCCAUUCUGGCGGAGCUUUGAGGUGGAUGAGCCUGUUUCAAACCUUCUCAAAUAUUGCGCCGAAUUGGCUGUUAAGUCCUACAACAAGAAUUAUAAAACGACAUUUGCGUUUGGCAAGCUUCUCAAGGCAAACAAGGAGACGUGUUGUUCGGUAAACUAUAUUACCUUUGAGGCCAUGGAUGGAAGCGGCGUACAUGAGACUUUCCAAGCUAUCGUGCAUGAGGAGGCACCUUUGAGUGGCUACAAAGUCUGUUUUUGCAGGAUCAAACCAAAAUCUUAAAUACUUGAGGGUGUGAUUUUUAGUCAUCUUGUUCCUUUCUAUUCUGAUCCAAUAUGAUUUUUUGCGUCGUAUGAAUUUUUCAUGUGAGUACAUCGCUGUUCUUAGUGAUGUGAUAGUAUGUUGAAGGUGUGAGUAAUGAACUUCUUUAUAUUGAGAAGGAUAAAUUGUUUUAUGUUUCUAGAAAUUGUUGUUUGCUAUAGUGAACAAUUUGAUAUU